AUGAGUUGUAAGAAGGGCAUUGGCAAUGAGGUCAUUGAGAAGUUGCCCGGCCUAAAGAGUAUCUUCACUUUGGACAAGGAGGACGUCAUUCUCUCGAUGAAGGACCUCACUCGCAAGAUAACAAAGAGGACCAAGUGGAGGGAGAUUGCUCCUGAAUACCCGCACAUCAAGCAUCUCAACUCUCAAUCUCCGGUGUUUGCGUUGAAGCCCAAGGUCGUGGCCAGCCCUGACCACACGCCACCAAAGCCUGUGCGCAGGUAUGCAUCGACCAAGUUCUCCAACACCAUCAACAAAGCGGUGAUGACCACGAGAAAGAUGGAGCCCAGACCCUAUCAGAUCGAAGCAUUGGUGGAUGCCAUGGCAAGGAACUCAAUCUUGGUAAUGCCCACCGGCAGUGGCAAGACCUUGGUGUCAGUCAUGCUCAUCCAACAGAUGAUGGCUCUCAACGCACCUCAGACAACUCAGAUCAAGAGAAUGGUGUUGUUCGUUGUCACUACACUACCUUUGGUACAUCAGCAGACCGAGGCCAUCCAGUAUCAUAACCCCACGUUGCGCGUGAUCGAAGUCAGCAGCGCAUCAGACGCCCAAUCACUCACGGUCGACAUGUUUGAUCAUAAUCAUACCAGACCGGAUGUGAUGGUGAUCACAUCGGGAUCAUUCUUCAACAUUGUGGACAUUGUCGUCACGAUGAAGGACUUCCAUUUGGUCAUCUUUGAUGAGGUCCAUCACGCCACCGGCAAUCACAACUAUGUCCGCAUCAUGAAGGAGUUCCACGAUGUCAUGCCGCCAGAGUACCGUCCACGAGUGUUUGGCCUGUCUGCCUCGCCGUCGACUGGUCGCACCCAAACGGUUAUCGCCAACAACAUUGCUAGCUUGGAGAAUGUGAUGCAUUCACGCACAUUCCGGCCACCAUCACUGCCUCACGAGGCAUCACUCGAGUCUGAUCGAGUGAUCUUCAAUAUGUCCUACUCAGAGCUGUCAUGUAAUCAGUUCUUUGCCGAUCACCUCAAUAUGUUGACCGAGGAUCUGAUGGACAAGGCCAAGUACACCACUGACAAGUUGAAGUAUCGUCAAGUCAAUCCCAUGCCCUUUAUCACCGAGCUCAAGCGAUUCAUGGCCUAUGUCUCGGACCACAAGAUGGACCUGUCUGUCAACAUUGGAGAUGUGAGAGCAUUGUUGCGACGCUUCACCAACGUGUCAAUUGAGGGCUAUGUGCCCUUUAUCAAACGUCUACGCGACGACCUCGCGAGCAAGGUACCCUCGCCACGUUGGCGAACCUUCCUCCAGGGAUUGCUCAAUGGUCUCGAGCAGCGAGGCGCGAGCUCGGUCACUCACUCGAGCAGGUUUGACGUGAUGUUGAGGGAGCUGAAGGAUAUGGUCGACACGGACAACAAGCUGGACAACUUCCGUGGCAUCAUAUUUGUCAAGACCAGGGCCACGGUCGACUGUUUGGUCAACAUGCUGGUCAAGGAUGAGCUCAACGCCAAGCUCAAUGUGAAGAAGAUGGUCGGCCAUUCCAAGGAGGGCGGCAUGGACACGGACGACCAGAUACGCAUAAUGGAGAAGUUCACCUCGGGCGACACCAAGCUGCUUGUGGCCACCAGUGUCAUCGAGGAGGGCAUCGAUGUGCAACGCUGCAACUUUGUCAUGUGCUUUGAGAAUGACUUUAAUAUUCGCUCACUCAUUCAACGACGUGGUCGCGCACGCAAUAAGGGCGAGGGCAAGUUCUGCUGUCUGAUGAACCAGGCCGAGAACGACUUUGUCAACGAGAUCCUCAUCAAUGAGCAGAUGCUCAACCUUGUGAUUGGCGCCAAGAUGCGGGCAUCGAACCUUGCGGACCAACAGCGCGAGGCGGACCGUGUGUGGAAUGAAAUGUUCGAGUCGCCCGCCCAGAACCAGGUGUACGUGCCACUUGGCGAACGCAAGACCGUGAUCCUGGACUUCUGUGUCAGCACCCCUGAGUUGGACACGAUCCUGUCGCGCAAGUUGGCCAAAUCGCUGGUCAGGCGACCCGUCAAAUAUACGAACGAGCAUGAAGAUCGCGAGUACCUCAAGAGCCACAAAGAGUUUGUGAUUGGUGUCGAGAACUCUGAUGAAGAGAUCAAUCACUUGCUAAAGAUACUCUACGAGGUCAAGGGUUGGUGGGCCAGGGUGACCUAUCCCGAGGCUAUCAACUUGCCAUCAUCAGCUACCAAGACUGGUGAGCAUGGAGGAGAAGAGAUCACGGCAUUUGGAGUACAGUUGACUUGUGGCAACUUUAUGGACCCGACCAAGUUUGUGGAGACCUUUGUUGGCAAUGGAUCAUUGGUGUUCAAUAAGCAGAGUCGUCUGCUUGACCUCUCUGUGCGACAUGAUGAACUCUCUAUGGACCUUCGCAUACGGUUCAAGACUGAGAACCUUGUAAGCUUCGCUCUGCUGGACUGUGACCCUGACUCUGAGUAUCAAUCACUCUACAUCAUUGCCAAACGAUCACCAAUCAUAUGCCAGAUUGAAAAGAUUGUAAAAAAUGGAGUAGUAGUGGAGAUAGGGUACUUUAGAGUGGAUCAAGAUGAAUGUCCAUUCAUGUCCAAUCGAUUUGUUUACCGUAUUCAAACCACAAAGGAAGAGAUGGGACCAUUCCUCGAUAUGUUCCCAAUCCCAUUUUACCUGGCAUCAAUCAAGAGUGGUCCUGAUCCCCAGACCAAGACAGCCCUCUUGACUGGCCCACUUGAACAUCCUAUACUCAUCAACUCCCAUCUAGCCUAUCAAAUUGCUGUCCUAAAAAGCAACACGAACACUGGCUUUGGAAGGACAAACAUACCAGAGGUAUUCUUGAACAAGUUGACUGAGCUUGUGGAUGAGGGCAGGAUGUUGGCCGCUGAGUAUCUGAUUGGCCAGGCAUUGGAGAUACCUGAGUUUGCAUCGUAUGAUAGAUUGAUCUAUCUGGACUUGUCAGGCCUUCCAAACGUCAGUCCAACAUCAUUACCAAAGAACCAUGCGAUGAUCAAGAGUGCCUACGUCACGCCCUCACGUGUGGUAUUCAACAUGCCACGCAUCCAACAGACCAAUCGUGUCAUCCGUGUGUUUGGUGCCGACCGGUUCAUGACGGUGCAGUUCACCGAGGAGGACUUUGGGCCAAUGGUCGAGAACAAGGACAAUCUGCAAGAGUACUACUACAACACGCUCAAAAAUGGCAUAAAGGCCCACGGCUGCGGAACAUUCUACUACCUUGGCAACAGUAACUCUCAAGCACGCUGCCAGAUGUCUUGGUUCUACUGUGUCGACGAUGGAGAUGAUGUGGACUUGACAAUCGACACUGUCAGAUCUAUUAUGAUCGGACCGGACACCAACUACAUUAGUGCGCGCAAGGCUCUUCGUGCAAUGGCCUUAGUAUUCCCAUCGACCACGCCAACAUUGGUCAAUGUUGACUAUCACUCAAUCCAAGACAUGGUACACAAUGAUCACAUAUUCACAGAAGGCGUUGGAUACAUUGGUCGAGACACUGCACAUGAGUUGUGCAAGGCCGGUAACUAUCCCACUCAUACCAGUGCCUUCCAAAUCAGACUUGGCGGCCAUAAGGGCGUACUGUCCGUACACCCCACCAUCAAGACUGGUGUCUUCCUGAGACCCAGCAUGAAGAAGUUCCAGCCGAUUGGAGCGCCCCAUGAUCGUGUACUCGAGGUUAUCAGUGUGAGUGCGCCCAAGACCUGCUUCCUCAAUCGCCAGAUCAUCCUGUUGCUGAGCCAGCGCAUACCUGAUGGCUACUUCAUGGAGCUUGAACGCAAGGCCCUGUCCAAGCUCGUGCACAUCUUCCAAGAUCCGGAAUAUAUGCGCGUGGUACUUCGCGAGCUGUCCUUGCUCAAUGAUGCGAUCGAUGAGACAGACAUUGCCACGCGAGAUCCACUCAUAGCCAGCGCGCUGCAGAGUCUCUACCUCAAAAAGUUGGACAGCAUCCAGGACAAGUGCUUCAUCCCCAUCGAGCUAGCCAGGACUGUUAUGGCAUCUCUGACGAGUCAUCACAGCUGGGUCCAGGCCAAGUGCGACAUUCGCGUCUUGGAGGCUGUGGACGUGCCGCAACUACGCGAGGUCUAUCUCGAUGUGAUUGCAUUUUCCCAACAUGGCGAAGUGCCAAACUUCAAGGAGUGUUCUGGCAGUGACCUUGAUGGAGACAGGUACUUUGUAUGCUUCGAUCAGGAAAUGAUUGAUUACUAUCAAUCACACGAUGAUCCAUACCUUGGAGAGGACUUGGAUGCUACUACCGAACCCAAAUACAAGGGUACUCGCGAUGAACUUAUCCAACAAUACUUGAAGAACAUCACAAAGUCAAAGCUGGGCAUGAUCGCGCUCUCACACUUGGCCCUCAGCGACAAACUUGGCCCUCGCGACCCACUCUGUGUGCAACUGGCCAAAGAGCACUUUAUCGAAGUGGACUCGAUCAAGACUGGCGUGCAUGGAGAGAUCCCUAAAGAUGCUCUCAAGGCUCUCAACUACUUCAGCCUCUUCCCACAGUUCAUGGAGCACGCCAUGCCUCGAUGUUCAUACUGGGAGUCGACCAGUGUUCUAGGCAAGCUGUACCAGGCUGCGUCCAUCCUGCGCGCGGUGCCACAGAUGCUGCCAGAGGUUGCUGUCGACCCCGCCCGACUGGUCCCCGGCUAUGAUGACUACCUGGAGAAUGCUUGGAGCUGUUACCAAAGCUACAAGUUCCUGGUCAACUCACUCCUGCAUCAGUUCGACUUGGAGACCGAGGUGGACAUCCUGGUCAAGUUCAUCAAGGACACAAAGAACAUGUUCAAGUACACCGAGCACAUGGUCGAAGAGAUCAGGAUCAACUACAAACGCAUCCAAGCUCAGUUCAAGGAUGAGUUCCUGUGCGACUUCCCAGGCGACACCCCCGCCGACAAGUUGAGAUCGUCCCCGGAUGAGAUCCAGAUGAAGGCGGCCGCCUGGUAUUGCAUCGCGUAUAGCGAUACUGGCGCUGACCGAGUGCUGUCAUUCAGCUGGAUCGCCAAGUUGUUCACACCCAAGCAGCAACUCAAGACCUUGGCUCGCGAGAAUCACUCAAUCAUCUCAGAGAGCAUCAUUGAUUUUGUCAAUGGUGCCAAGCCCGCGAUGACCCUGGGUUACUUGGAGCGGGUGGACAUGAUCCAAGACCUCCUGGGACUGAUCAGAAGUGAGUCCAAUGGCGUAUAUGAAGACUCUACAAUAUUGCUCUAUGGAUCUUCGUCACUCUUAUUGUUUGAUCAAGUUCAAUCGGACCUGGAUCUAUUCCUGAACUGCCGCAUCCCUCGUGGACAGGUCGCCCACGACAUCUUUACCGACCUCUUCGGUGUGAUCAAGUCACACGAGCCGACAUCAGAGGUCAGGUAUGUCAAGAAUGCCCCGGUGCCCGUGAUCAAGUUCAUGAUGAACAAGCGCGCAUGUGACCUCUCACUUGACCCCAACGGAUUCCAAAAGACUGGAAUGAUGUGCGAUAUAAUGAACAAGUAUCCCUUUAUAUACCAGCUGCUAUUCAUAGUUGUCAAGUGGGGACGCGAGACCGGACUCUUGGUGCACCAGAGCACCAACAUUGCCAAGUCACGCAACCUCAAGACUUGGGCGCUCGAGUGGAUGGUCAUCCACUUCUUGAUUGAUCGUGGACAUAUUGAACCAAUGGACCAAGACAUCAAGCCGUCCCCAAUGGUCAACAGGUCAGUCCAGUGGUGGACCGACCUCCUGGACCGUGCCAUCAACAUCAACAUCGGAUCACUCACGAUCCAAUUCUUCAAGUACUACUCCAAAGUGCUAGCCCGGCUACUUCGCAACAGGGAUCAACUCCUUCUCCAAUGUCCACUCGACACCCCCGAUGUGCCCUCACUGAACAUUGACCUUCGUGACAAGGAGGAGGAUGACAGCUUGGUGGUCUAUCUCCAGGAGAUAUUCACGAUAGCGCAUCAUACAUUGGUGUCGUCCAGCAGCGUCAAGGUGUUCCUGAGUCGUUGUUUGUACGACAAGACCAAGAUUAUCAAUCUUGAUCGAGUGACUUCAAAGUCUAUCCGUGAACAUCAGCAUACGAUAAUCUCAAAGAUAACGAUGGAGUCCAAGGUGAGCAUCCACAUCUACAAUGCAGGCCGACGUGGAUGUCUCCAGGUCAAGAUCAAGGGCGAGCCAUCCAACAUCCAGCAUGCAAUCGAUCAGUUCUACGAGAUGGCGCGCAACGCCUCCAGCAUCCCCUUCCACGCGUACAAGUCUCAUGUGCCUGGCGGUGGAUCCGUGCUGUUGUUCCGCGGCAGCCAGAGCACCCACAAUGUUCUUCGUCUCACCACCGUCCCCAAGUCGCGCCAAGACCUGGUCAACAUCCAGCACAGGAACAAACCCCUGCGCCUGUACGGACUGCUCAAACUGCCCGAGACCGUGCCGCACGAUGAGUACAUGCUUGGUCACAGCAAGAUGAGGUUCCAGAUGAACUUCCUCAAGCAGCUGGCAUACUGUGGAGCCAAGUCCGACCCCCUGGAGUGUGGCGAACGACAGGUCUACAUCCGUUUGGGCAAUGUAUACUUGGUCAACUGCAGCUUUGAUGGCGAGGAGAUGACCAUCGACGCGCUCCAACUGUGUAUCUCAAAGACAUCUCGUCGCGAGCUCAAGUUGGAUCGCAAGCUAGCCUUUGAACAACAAGAGAGCGAGGAGGAGGAGAGUAUUGGCAAGCCCAUCAUGCUCUCGGUCAAUGAGUUGAGGAGAAGGCAAGUUACCCCGAUUGAUAAAGGUGCGGACAGGUCAAGGUGUGGCACUGGAGAUAUCGUGGAUGAGGCCAAGAAGAAGAAGAAGCCAUGGGUGCCCAAGAGCUCGUUCUACACUCACACUGCCAACUUCAAGGUUCAUCACAUUGCAAAGAUAUUUGAGGACAUGGGCUGGACCAGGUCCAGUACCCUGGCCCGCGUGGCCAAGGCUGCGCGAGAGACCUACAUUCUUUGCUGCAAGGUCAAGGACAAGGGAGUGCCCGAGUUCAAGGUCACAGUGCAGGCAGACAUGCAGCCACCCAAUCUGAUCAAGGACCAGGGCAUAAACUGGUUUGUAUGUGAUCUCUCCAACCAUGUGGAGCAGCUCAGCGACUCCACCGCGCACUUGUUGGACGUGAGGUUCUGCAUCCAAUCGAAGCGACCUGUUCAGGAGCUGGGAGCAUUCAAACAGUUUGCGACCAAGCAGGUGGUCACCAAACGCGAGAACACACAGGAUGGACGACUGGCACCAAUCAUCCUGAACAAGGACCUGUCAGAGACGGUGUACCUGAUCAGACAUCACUCAAGUGUCACGUGCUACAUACCACCGAUUGAUGACCCAUGGAACAAAUUCAACAUGGCACUGGAGGUGCACACGAUCAGAGAGUUCCGCAACUCUGGCGAAUUCCUCUCGGAAAAGGUUGAGUUUGAACUAUGUUGUGAUCUUCCACAAAUCUCUGAUACUCUUUCAUUCACAGAGUUAUAUUGGUAUGUACUUCCUUUAACUUGGACCAACUCAAACUCCAACUAUUAA